AUGGAGGCGGCAGAGGGGGCGUCGCUAUGGCGACUCCAAAAGAUCCCGGCCGAGCUCGGCGCUCAGCUCCUGCACAGGGCAGUGGAUAGCCUCUGUGGUCGCGCCGCCCCCCAGGAUCAAAAUGGAGACCAACUUUGGGAUCCAGCCGAGUGGGAAGCCAUGCGGGAAGACAUCGCCGUAUUUUUCAAAACCACCGUGGGUCACGAUCGGCCCGACGAAGAGGCCCUGCAGCAGUUGGGCCAGCUGAGCCCCGGGCUUCAGGAAACUGUUAUGCAGUGUUUGAAAGGCAGGAAAGAAGAGAUCAGGCAGGCCCUGCUAGGGGAGGUCACUGCAAUCUCCUCGGCCCAGCUGCAGGACUUUGACUGGCAACUAAAGCUCGCCCUCUCCAGUGAUAAGCUUGCCACACUGCAGAUGCCACUUCUGAAUCUCGACCUCGAUGUGCGAGAAAAUGGCGAAGUGAAACCAUAUUCCAUUGAGAUGAGCAAAGACGAGCUUCAGAAGCUCAUCAGUGCCCUGGAGGCCGCCAACAAGGAUUUAAAACAAAAACGUCCCAGAGUCUGAGUAGGAAGCUUUUUGACCAGAGGAUGGUGCCGUGGUACCGGAG